CAGAAAGAAAUUAAUUUAUUCUGCCACUCCCUCUCCCGCAUAUCUCUCCCAGUUGACUCAGAGCUCUCGACGACUUCAAUUUAGAUCCAAUUGUGCAAGGAAAUCAUGGCGAAAAACGAGCAGCCGAUUCGAUUAUGGGGUGGCAGGUUUACGGGCGUGACGGAUCCGUUGAUGGAUCAGUAUAAUGAGAGUUUAUCGAUGGAUCGCGUCUUCUAUGCUCAGGAUAUCAAAGGAUCAAUUGCGUAUGCCAGAGCGAAUGUCAAGACUGGUAUCCUUACCCAGGAGGAGUUCGAGAUUAUCGAAAAGGGUUUGGGGGAGGUUAUGAAGGAAUGGGAGCAGGGCAAAUUCGAACCAGCACCUGGAGAUGAAGAUAUCCAUACCGCCAACGAGCGCCGCCUAGGUGAAGUUAUCGGCACACACAUAGCAGGCAAGCUGCACACCGGCCGCAGCCGCAACGACCAAGUCGCAACCGAUAUGCGAAUGUGGCUCCGCGACGAGCUGAUCCUGAUCGAAGAAUACCUCGUCGACCUCCUGAAAGUCAUUGCCCAGCGCGCCGAGCAGGAUAUCGAUUACAUCAUGCCGAGCUACACACAUUUGCAGAGAGCACAGCCGAUUCGAUGGAGUCAUUGGCUGCUGAGCUAUGCUACGGCUUUCCAAUCUGACCUCGAGCGUCUGAGGUUUACGAAGAAGAAUGUUAAUAAACUGCCUCUGGGGUGCGGUGCAGUGGCUGGGAAUGCGUUUGGGAUUGAUAGGGUGCAGAUGGCGAAGGAGCUAGGCUUCGAGGGUCUGAUUAUGAACAGCAUGUCCGCAGUCGGAGACCGAGAUUUCGUCGUUGAGGUCCUGCAAUGUGCUUCUUCGAUCGGGAGUCACUUGUCUCGCUGGUCGGAAGAUCUUAUUAUCUACAGCUCACUGGAAUUCGGUUACGUGAAGCUGGCAGAUGCAUAUACGACAGGUAGCUCCUUGAUGCCGCAAAAGAAGAAUAGCGACUCGCUUGAGCUGCUGCGUGGCAAGUCUGGGAGGAUGUUUGGUGCGAUGGCUGGGUUGAUGAUGAGCAUCAAGGGUAUCCCAUCUACGUACAACAAGGAUCUGCAGGAGAGCGUGCAGCCCAUGUUGGAUACUGUCAAGACCUUGAAAGACAGUCUGCAGAUCGCGGCCAGAUCAUUAGCUACUGCUACCGUAUACCCGGAGAAGAUGCGUGCUGCAUUAAGCCCAGACAUGCUAGCUACCGAUCUUGCCGAGUAUCUUGUCCGAAAAGGUGUGCCAUUCCGCGAGACUCACCACCUGGCCGGCAGGAUGGUCGCACUCGCCGAGGACGAGAACAAAGGCAUGAACGAGCUCACCGUCAAGCAAUACCAAAGCGUGGACAAGAGAUUCGGUGACGAUGUACUAAGCGUAUUCGAUUACGAGCGCUCUGUGGAAUUGAAGUCUACGACGGGAGGAACUAGCCGCUCUGCGGUUUUGGAGCAGCUGGAGGCGCUGAAAAAGUCAUUGAGCGGUUAAUAGAAUUCUAUAGCUUGUAAUGGAUUAAUGUUUGCUGGCUUUGUAUGGAUACAGCAUUUUUACAGGCUUUCUUCGUCGCCGCUCUAUAGACGCUGUAGAGUUGAUCUUGUCUAUAGUCUAGAUCCUCGGUGUUCGUGCUUUGGGCGUGAGAUCGGGCCAUAGAGCGGAUUUGAGUAGUAGGCUUUUUCUAGGACGGACUGUUAAGAAAUCUCAGAUCUUACCUUGAUCUUAAAUCGUGAGAAUUACAUUCACAGCAG